UAGUUUUCUGCUGGAGUUUGAUAGAAACUAGCCGACUGUGCAGUCUUGGUUAUGAGUGACUCUUGAAUAUUAUUUGACCAAAGCUGGCAAAAUUACUAUAUCUAAUUACAAAACGUGUCGAUUAAAUUAGCUGCAGGCAUUUUGGAGACGUUGCUAGCUAGUUUGCUAGCUAGUUUACAUGAAUGAUGAUGUGAUUGCAUUAUAGCGAGAUAUCCUAUUCUGUGUGGAUAAAGUUGUAGUUAAUCUAUUUUAAUUAACUUACUGUAGAACAGCUAACCUUAACGCAGUUAACUUCGAUCAAGGCGACUUGAGAAAACUCGUUCGAGUAACUUCUGAGAUAUCUUUCCCCCGGGAUCUUGCGAACGACAUUGAAGCAAGACAACUUAAAUCAGGCUUGCAUUUGUCGAUCACUCCAAUCAGCAGAAAUGGGAUUACACCCACUGGAGUUCAGCGAAUGCUACCUUGACAGUCCUUCUUUCAGAGAAAGAAUAAAAGCACACGAAGCUGAGCUGGACAAAACGAGCAGAUUUAUAAAAGAACUCUACAAAGAUGGAAAGAAUCUUAUCAGUGCCAUUAAACAACUGGGAAUGGCGCAGCGCAAGUUUGCUCAGUGCCUGGGAGAGUUUCAGUUUGAGUACAUUGGAGAUGCUAAGACCGAUGAUGAGAAGUGCAUCGAUGAUUCGUUGCAGGAAUUUUCUUCUUUCCUGAAGAACCUGGAGGACUACAGAGAGCUGAUGAUGAGGAACAUCACAGAGACGCUGAUGAAGCCUCUGGAGAAAUUUCGUAAAGAGCAACUGGGCUCUGCCAAGGAGGAAAGAAAGCGCUAUGAGAAGGAAACGGAAAAGUACUACAGCUCUCUGGAGAAGCUGCUAACGCUGUCAGCAAAGAAGAAAGAGCAGCAGCUACAGGAGGCGGAUCUCCAGGUGGAGGGCAUGAAGCAGCACUUUCAGGAGGAGUCACUCGAAUAUGUCUGCAAGCUGCAGGAGAUCCAGGAGAGGAAGAAAUUUGAGUGCGUGGAGCCUAUGCUGGCCUUUUUUCAGACGGUUUUCACCUUUUAUCACCAAGGAUAUGAGCUGGCCAAGGACUUCGACCAUUACAAAAGAGCACUGCAGAUCAAUAUUCAGAAUACACGGAGUCGCUUUGAGGGCACCAGGUCAGAAGUGGUGGAGCUGAUGAGGAAGAUCAAGGAGAGCCCACACGAUCACAGACAGACGAGUCCAAUCAGCAUUGAGGGCUACUUGUAUGUCCAGGAGAAGCGGCCGCCCCCUUUUGGCUCCAGCUGGGUGAAGCGCUACUGCACUUUUGUGAAGGAGCAGAAGAUUCUGCACAUGAUCACAUUUGACCACAGAUCCGGAGGAAAGAUUGGUGAGACAGAGUCUGUCACUCUGAAGUCUUGCGUGCGGAAAACAACUGAUAUGCUCGACCGGAGGUUCUGCUUCGACAUAGAAAUAACAGACCGGCCUGGGGUGGUCCUCACUGUCCAGGCACUCUCUGAGGAUGACCGCAGGUUCUGGAUGCAGGCCAUGGGGGGCAAAGAGCCUAUACGCUCUUUUGGGAGGACAUACUCAAAAGAAAGAGGAAUUGAUGUACAGCUGGAUGAAGUCGGGAUAUCAUUUGUGAAGAAUGCAAUCAGUGCCAUUGAAAAAAGAGGUAUUAAUGACCAGGGCUUAUACAGAGUGGUGGGAGUCAGUUCCAAAGUACAGAAGCUUUUGAAUCAAAUGAUUGAUGAGAAGGCCUGUGAUGAAGUGGAUUUGUCUGCUUCUGAAGACUGGGACGUCAAAACCAUAACGAGUGCAUUGAAACUCUAUCUGAGGAGUCUUCCAGAGCCGCUGAUGACCUCCGGACUCUACAAAGAGUUCAUCGUUCCAGCAAAGUCUGCAAGCCCAGAGUCUCGAGUGGAAGCGAUUCACUACCUGGUCCAUAAACUCCCAGAGAAAAACCGGGCGGUUCUGGGACUGCUGAUGAAACACCUGGCCAGUGUGGCAGCCCACAGCAAGCAGAACCUGAUGACUGUGGCCAACCUGGGCGUGGUUUUCGGGCCCACGCUCAUGAGACCUCAGGAGGAGACGGUUGCCGCCAUCAUGGACCUAAAGUUUCAGAACAUCGUGGUGGAGAUUCUCAUUGAGCAUCAGGACAAGAUUUUUGGAGACGCCCCCAACACAUCCCUGUCGACACCGGCACCGUCCCUCACCGCGUCGGCCAGGCAGGCCAAGAAGCAGAGCCGGCAGAAUAGGCCCCUCGCUGUCUACAAUCCACAGGUGCAGGACAUCCAGGGAGCUGAUUGCCCAAACUCUAUCCCUGAUGAGGCCUCUCUGGGUAGCACCGAGUCCGUGUCGUCCCAGUCCUCCAACACCUCCACGUGUGACACCCCCUCUGAGAAGGCCCCACUCACACCAGGGGUUACAGGAGGCGGAACCUCGGCGGCAUCAUGGGUGAAUUCAGGAACCUCCUCCUCCUCGUCCUCUUCCUCCACCUCCUCCUCCGCCUCUCAGACUGUACCCAAAACCAGGCCCCUAGCUGCGGCUGCUGAUGGUGCCAAGCAUGAGACCGUACCCAAAACCACGCCCCUAGUUGCGACUGCUGAUGGUGCCAAACAUGAUGAGAGCCUCUCAAACAGGAGGGCCAAGGCAGUUUACCCGUGCGAGGCCGAGCACCACUCCGAGCUCUCCUUCCAGGUCGGGGACAUAUUUCUCGACGUGACUGUCUCCCAGGAGCCAGGCUGGUUGGAGGGGGAGCUAGAGGGAAAAAGAGGCCUCAUUCCAGAGAACUACGUGGAGAUGCUGUAGCCCAAACCACUCACCUGCCCACUUAUACAUGGUAUCCAUGAUUUCUCUGCUUCACGUGCUGAUUCACGUUUGCAUGCUUUUAAACC